CCCCCAAAUUCCCCAAAUUUCUUUUUAAAUCCCCCCAAUAACAAUAUUAAUCCCAAUUCUAGGGUUUGAAAGGACGGCAUGUUGCUAUAAAUAAUCACCUCCCCCUUCUCCCUCUCCCCAAAUCCGAAGCUAUAAUUCCAGUAAAUCCACACCGCCCCCCAGAUCUGAUCCAUUCCCACUCCUCCCAAUCCUCCUGCGUUUGAUCUCCUCUUUCAUUUCGACCAUUUAAUCAGAAGAAGGUUGGUAGUUUGAUCGAAUCGGAUUCGUUAUUCGAGUAGUUUUGAUGUUUUAGUGGAGCAAAGUGCUUUAAUUGUUCGAAUCUUGGCUUUGUUGGUUGUGUGUUGUAUAUAUAUACGCACGUUUAUGUUGUUAUGGGGUCGCGGCUCUCCAAGCUGAGAACUUGCUGCUGUGGCUCUUACAAUAAUGCUACUGUACUGGAGGCGCCGGAUGUUGAGAGUGAAGUGAAGAGUGAGGGUGAUGGGUUGCCGGUGUUCCAGGAGUAUUCUUUUGAGCAGCUCCGGCUUGCUACAUCUGGGUUUGCGGUGGAGAACAUUGUGUCCGAGCACGGGGAGAAGGCGCCUAAUGUAGUGUACAAGGGGAAGUUAGAUGCGCAACGUAGGAUUGCUGUUAAGCGGUUCAAUCGUGCUGCGUGGCCUGAUCCUCGCCAGUUCUUGGAAGAAGCGAGAUCUGUUGGUCAACUUAGAAGUCAAAGAUUGGCAAAUUUACUUGGCUGCUGUGCUGAAGGCGAAGAGAGGUUGCUUGUUGCUGAAUAUAUGCCCAAUGAUACUCUUGCUAAGCACCUUUUUCAUUGGGAAGCACAACCUAUGAAAUGGCCUAUGCGAUUGAGGGUGGUACUUUAUCUCGCCCAAGCUCUAGAAUAUUGCACCACCAAGGGCCGUGCACUUUAUCAUGAUCUUAAUGCUUAUAGAGUUUUGUUUGAUGAUGAAUGUAACCCUAGACUCUCAUGCUUUGGUCUAAUGAAGAAUAGCCAUGAUGGCAAAAGUUAUAGCACAAAUUUGGCAUUUACUCCUCCAGAAUAUUUGAGAACUGGUAGAGUUACACCAGAAAGUGUCAUAUAUAGCUUUGGCACAUUGCUUGUUGAUGUUCUUAGUGGAAAACACAUCCCACCUAGCCAUGCCCUUGACUUGAUAAGGGAUCGGAAUUUUCAUAUGCUGACAGAUUCAUGUUUGGAAGGGCAAUUCUCUAAUGAGGAUGGGACAGAAUUAGUGCGCUUGGCAUCUAGGUGUUUACAGUAUGAGCAACGGGAGCGGCCUAACGUGAAAUCAUUAGUUCAAGCUCUGACUCCUCUGCAGAAGGAGAAUGAUGUUCCUUCCUAUGUCUUGAUGGAUAUACCACGUGGUGGGGCUUCCUCAUUAGAGUUAUUGUCUCUCUCUCCUCUAGGUGAUGCCUGUUCCAGAAUGGAUUUAACUGCUAUACAUGAGAUUCUUGAAAAAGUAGGAUAUAAAGAUGACGAAGGGACAACUAAUGAGCUUUCAUUUCAGAUGUGGACUAAUCAGAUGCAAGAGACAUUGAACACAAAGAAAAAGGGGGAUAAUGCUUUUCGUCACAAAGAUUUUAAUACUGCCAUUGAAUGCUAUACUCAGUUUAUUGAUGUUGGCACCAUGGUUUCACCUACUGUUUUUGGCCGCCGUUGUCUCUCCUACCUGAUGAGCGACAUGCCGCAGCAAGCUCUUAAUGAUGCAAUGCAAGCUCUUGUCAUAUCUCCAACAUGGCCCACAGCCUUUUAUCUUCAAGCUGCUGCCCUCUCUGCUCUUGGAAUGGAAAAUGAAGCUCGAGAAGCAUUGAAAGACGGCUCAUCCUUAGAAUCUAAAAAGAACUGAGAAUUCCCUCAACACUUAAGAAAUCAUAAAGAACCAAGGAUGUGAAAUUGGUGCAAAGUCCAAAAGCCCAAAACUGGUGAUAAUUUACCUUCUGUAAUUACAAAAAUUAUUCAAGUUCUACUAGCUUCGAUCAAAAGGAAGAACAAAUGGGCUUAUCAACAAAUGCACCUGGAAUCUUGGUUUUGAGCUGUUUUCAAUCUUUCGAAAAAUGUUGUUAAAAGCCUUCUUCAAGAUGCUUCCAACAGGCUGAGAAGCAAUAUAUAUAUUAAAAAAAAAAUGUGAGGCUGAUUUUGAAUUCUCUUGGGAUUGGCAAGAAAGAAAAAGGAAAACAGGAUACUACUGCAAAAGUGUUUGAUCUUGAGAUGGAAACAUGUAAUGUAUUUGUGCAGAGUCUUUGCUGAUAAACCAUGUGAUUCAUGUACAGCUAUGGAUGAUUCAAAUUGGUUCUUUGUUUUGUAGUGUGGUUGGUGUUUUGUCUGUCUGUUGUAAUGUACUAAAACAUGAGAAAAAAUGAUUGAUUGUUUUACAAUUA